CCUAAGCCACAGUUUAGUUAUAUAGUUUGGAGAGCUAUGAAUCUGAAUCUGAAUCUGAAUCUGAGGGAUAAGAUGAAGAUGAAUAAUAGUAGUUGAAUUCAAUUCAAUUGAUCAUCACAAUGGCGAGGCAUUCGCCGGCGUGGUUGACGGCAAUGCCGAAGAACUGGUUUCCCCUGCUAGUGCUAGCGGCGGUCUUGUCUCUCUCAACCGUCACCCUCCUCUUCAUCCGAACCACUUCCGAUUCCUGCAACGCUUCUCAGCCUCAUCCCGAGCUUCAUGUUCCGCCGUCGCCGGAACCGUCCCUGGAGUUCAUGAAGUCGAAGCGGGUUCUGAUGGUCUCGCACGAACUCUCUCUCUCCGGCGGUCCUCUGCUGCUCAUGGAGUUGGCGUUUCUGUUGCGCGGUGUCGGCUCCGACGUCGUUUGGAUCACCAACCAGAAGCCUCUGCAAUCUGACGACAUUGUGUACAGUUUGGAGAAUAAGAUGUUGGACAGAGGGGUGCAGGUUUUGGCUGCAAGAGGCAAAGAGGCUGUGGAUACGGCUCUUAAGGCGGACCUAGUGAUUCUGAACACUGCUGUGGCCGGGAAGUGGCUUGAUGCGGUUCUCAAGGAAAAAGUUUCGGAGGUUCUUCCAAAGGUUUUGUGGUGGAUUCAUGAAAUGCGAGGGCAUUAUUUCAAAAUGGAAUAUGUUAAGCACCUCCCUUUUGUUGCAGGUGCAAUGAUCGAUUCCCAUACCACCGCAGAGUACUGGAAGAAUAGGACUAGGGAGCGUUUAGGGAUUAAAAUGCCUGAAACUUAUGUUGUGCAUCUUGGAAAUAGCAAGGAGCUAAUGGAGGUUGCGGAAGAUGGUGUAGCAAAGAGGGUUCUUCGUGAGCAUGUCCGACAAUCUCUUGGAUUGAGAAAUGAUGAUCUACUUUUUGCCAUCAUAAAUAGUGUUUCACGUGGUAAAGGGCAAGAUCUAUUUCUUCGGUCCUUUUAUGAAAGUUUGCUACUCAUCCAAGAGAAGAAACUGCAGGUUCCAUCUUUGCAUGCUGUAGUUGUAGGGAGUGAUAUGAGUGCACAGACAAAGUUUGAAAUGGAGUUACGUAAUUUUGUCAUAGAGAAAAAAAUCCAGGACCGUGUUCACUUUGUUAACAAAACUCUGGCAGUGGCUCCCUACCUUGCUUCUAUUGAUGUUCUGGUUCAGAAUUCUCAGGCACGGGGAGAAUGCUUUGGGAGGAUAACCAUUGAAGCAAUGGCAUUUCGCUUGCCUGUACUUGGAACUGCGGCUGGGGGCACUGUGGAGAUUGUGGUAAACAGGACAACUGGUUUACUGCAUCCUGUUGGAAAAGAAGGUGUGACACCUCUUGCAAAUAACAUUGUGAAUUUGGCAACUCAUGUUGAGAGAAGGCUGACAAUGGGAAAGAAAGGAUACGAGAGAGUGAAGGAGAGAUUUCUAGAGCCCCAUAUGGCGAAUAGAAUCGCAUUGGUUCUGAAGGAAGUGUUACGGAAGGGUAGACACAAUUAAAUUAACCACAGCUUAAGCAUACUGUUUUAAAGCUGUAAACUAAUUCUACAGGGAAAGGAGAAUGGAUUGGUGAGAGUGAAUGAGAAAUUGGUCUAUGUAUACUGUUGUAAGGGACCGGAUCCUCUCCAGUGACAAGACGAAUGGAUCCUCUCCUGGGUUCUGAUAUGAUAGCUUUCCUUGUUAUGGACUCCUCGUGACAUGAUGGACAGUUGCAGCAUCUUCUUGGUACAGAUUGGCAGUUCCAUCCAACUACAAAAUCGAAACUCUUUUCUACAGGUCAGGUUAAAAGUUUCAUCUUCCUGUCUGUGAUGGAUAAUAGAUUGACUCAAGUAGAUGCAAGCAAAAUCUUCCACAUGCAAUGACCAAGCCAAGUAUUACACCUUGUAUGAAGACAUGAUUCACAGAACUUAGCAUUAUGUUAAAUUAUUCACCCCAAAUGAAGAGCAUUCAAAGACCCUGAUAUCAAGUAACUCUCCUCUCCACUAUUUUGAAAUGUAAGUCUAGCAGGCUAAAAGCCAUCGAUGAUUUUAUGGUACUUCAUCAACAGAAUAAAUAGGAUAGCCAUAGUCCUGCAAGCUUGUAGUUUAGUCACUUUUGGGUGAUAUUGAUGGCAGAUGUGCAAUUUCUCACCAUCAUACAUUUCUCUUCCAAUUCAAGUAAUGUUAACUCCUACGUUAUCCUCCCCUUUAAACUCAACUUAUAUAUUGUCUUAUAAUCAAUUUCUUUUUACUA